AUGUCUCAAGCCUCAAGGACCAAGAAACCCGACGUGAAACUCGUCAUUCUGGGGGACAUGCACGUGGGAAAGACUUCUCUCCUCCACAGAUACACGGAGAGGAAAUUCAAGGACACUAUAAGCACAGUCGGAGGGGCGUUCUUCCUCAAACAGUGGGGACCCUACAACAUUUCUAUAUGGGACACCGCAGGUCGAGAGCAGUUUCAUGGCCUGGGCUCCAUGUACUGCCGCGGCGCGGCCGCAGUCAUCCUCACUUACGACGUCACCAACUGGCAGAGCCUGGCUGAGCUGGAGAACCGCUUCCUGUCCCUGACCGACACGGCCAACACCGACUGCAUAUUUGCCAUCGUGGGCAACAAAGCGGACCUCACCGACGCUCUCGCUCAAGACACAGACACGGAGAGCGAGCAGGCCGCGGUCACGUGUCCCACUCCUCCCUCCACCCCGCUGCAGCACAAACAGGUCAGCAGAGAGGACGCCCUGGCCCUGUACGCCCGCGUGCUCCGAUACAAAGGCCUGGAGGAGAAGGCCUGUCUGCCUGCUGAGAGGAUGUGCUUUGAGACGAGCGCUAAAACCGGCUACAACGUGGACGCUUUGUUUGAAACCCUCUUUGAACUGGUUCUGCCCUCCAUCCUGAAGAAAAGGAGCGAGGGAGAGAGUGCCACUGUGGACCUGGAGACGCCGAUGGAGGGGAAAAGGACUAAAGCAGGAUGUUGUGCCUAGAGCUGAACAAACAUAGGAGACGCGAGGAUUGUGGGAUUGAUGUAAAUCCGUGCCAAAGGAGGAAUGGAUCAAAAUCGUGCCUAAAACUAGGAUUCAUGCGAGCUACUGCUAUGUACUUUUUUUUUUUUUUUUUUCUCCAGAGCAGUAUUAAAAACAUUUGGGAUGAAUUAAAAGAGAGAAGCACUUGAUGAUCAUACAGAAUAGCUGAUUUGUUUCCAUUUUAAUAAAAUAUAUUAAAAAUCUU